UAUCUCCAUCUGGGUCCUGGUAGUGAAGACGAAGAAGCGAUGAGUGCAGAAGAUCUUCCUCAGAAGGAAGUGAACGUGCUGAAAGGUCACGAGGGUGGCGUGCUCGCCGCAAGGUUCAACGCCGACGGUAAUUAUUGCCUGAGUUGCGGCAAAGACCGUACCAUACGCCUCUGGAAUCCUCACCGUGGCAUCCAUAUCAAAACCUAUAAAUCCCAUGGCCGUGAAGUCCGCGAUGUCCACGUCACCUCGGACAAUUCCAAGUUAUGUUCAUGUGGUGGAGAUAGGCAGAUAUUCUACUGGGAUGUUGCAACUGGACGUGUAAUUCGAAAAUUUCGUGGUCAUGAUGGUGAGGUAAAUGGUGUAAAAUUCAAUGAGUAUUCGUCUGUUAUAGUUUCAGCGGGCUAUGAUCAAUCAUUGCGUGCUUGGGACUGCAGAUCCCACAGCACAGAACCAAUUCAGAUUAUCGACACAUUCGCAGAUAGUGUGAUGUCCGUUUGUUUAACAAAAACUGAGAUUAUCGGAGGAAGUGUUGAUGGAACUGUUCGAACAUUUGAUAUUCGUAUCGGCAGAGAAAUAUCCGAUAGCUUAGGGCAACCUGUCAACUGUAUAUCAAUGUCAAACGACGGUAACUGUGUCCUUGCCGGCUGCUUAGACUCUACUGUGCGUCUUCUGGACAGAUCCACUGGUGAACUAUUACAAGAAUAUAGAGGACACACUAAUAAGUCUUACAAAUUGGAUUGUUGCCUUACCAAUACGGAUGCUCAUGUAGCCGGUGGCUCUGAAGACGGCUUCGUCUAUUUCUGGGAUCUUGUAGAUGCAUCAGUUGUUUCAAAAUUCAGAGCUCAUUCGUCAGUGGUAACAAGUGUAAGUUAUCACCCAAAGGAGAACUGCAUGUUAACUUCAUCGGUAGAUGGAACUAUUCGGGUAUGGAAGACAUAAGGAACAGCAUGCAAACAAGUUUCUCUGAUGCAUGCAUCCACGCAUGCCAUAAGGCAAUACAAAGUACUAUGAUGAUGAUGAUGAUAACAUGUCCAAUUGUAAUUGGACUCGGCACAUACCAUGUUACUUCAGGUGUUAUUAGAAAUAACAUUUUUUGGGAGGUUUGGCUUACAUGUGCAUUUUGUUUGGAAGAUAGUAAAUAGCACAUGAUGUGAGUCAAUUGCUGAUACAUGCAAACCCUGAUAUUCAGUCAAAUCAUAGAACAGUUUUUUUGUCACCAUAAGAAAAAGGGUAUUGGGUAAAAUAAGUUCUGUUGUAUCAAUUAUUUAUGUUUUUAAUUUUACUCGGUUGAUAUUAUCCUGAUUUUUUCGUGUUAUUUUGUGUCGGUUGUGAGUCUUUACUAGUAUUGUUGGCGAACAAGUGGCUGCGAGACUCUCAUGUAGCUACAAAUCUAUGCUGUGACCUUUAUCCGUGACUUGUGUUUUCCAAUGAUCUAACACCAGCACAAUUGUUAAAAAUGCA